CCGUAGGCGUCCGUCGCCAUGGAGCGGCGCGGCCGCCCGAGAGGCGUGAGGGAGGAGAAGGGCCGGUGCGGCGCGGCCGGGCCCGGGGACCCGCUGGCCGUGCGGGAGGCCACGCAGACAUCUUCUCCGCAGCCGCCGGGGCAGGAGCCGCGCCGGCACGUCCACGACCACCGAGCCCAGAUCCCCUUUAAAAUUUUAAAAGGACACAAACAUGUUGUGAGCUCCUGCCAUUUCUGCUUUGAAGAUAACAAAAUUAUCUCUAGCUCCUUCGACCGAACUGUGAAACUGUGGGCUCCGAUAAAGUGCUUAUUGAUUGUGUCUCUCAAUUUAUUUAAGGAUGCUGCUACAGGUGUUAAUAUUAAUGAUUUUGAAGAAAAACAUACAGCACCUAUUUCAGGGUGCAGUCUGUCAGCAGAUAGCAAAAGGGUCAUUACAUCAUCCUACGACAAAACAAUAAAGGCUUGGGAUGUGGAAACCGGAAAAAUGUUGUGGUCCCUCAGCCAUGAAAACAUUAUACUUUCCUGUAGAAUUUCUCCUGAUGGUAAAUAUGUGGUAUCCGGUUUGGAUGUAGAAAAUGCAAUCUGUGUCACUGAAGCCGAAAGUGGCAUAAAUAUCAAAUAUGUCAGAGAUCAUCAUAAAAGGCCAGUGACUGGAUGUUGUUUUGAUCCUGACAGUCAGCGGGUGGCUUCAGUCUCAUCUGAUAGAACGAUAAAGAUCUGGGAUAUAACAGCACGAACGACACUUCUCACGAUUCAGGAAGCACAUUCCAACAUCAUCUCAGAUUGCUGUUUUACCUUCAGUGGACAUUUUUUGUGCACAGCAUCUUGGGACAAAACCUUAAAAAUAUGGGAUGUCAAAACAGGGGAAUUUCGCCAUCAUGGAGCUUGUAUUAGCUUGAUGCGGGGUCAUGAAGGUUCAAUUAGUUCCUGCCUUUUUUCCCAAGAUGCUUCUCUUCUGGUGUCUGGAGCAUAUGACAAAACUGUAGCUGUCUGGGAUGUAGCAGAGGGAUAUAGGAAGCUAAUUUUAAAGACCAAUUGCCCAAAAGCAUUGUGAACUUCUGAACAGGUACUGGAAAAAGCCUAUUUUCUUACACUCUUGCUAUGAUGUUUUGCAUUCUUAGACAACUUCAUAUUCAAACCUCUCUAAAUAGUCCAUCCUAGGAGAUACUUGUCAUCAGAGGUAGCCCAGUCCUCCCAUUUCCACUGGCUAGCAAUAGUAAUUAUGGCAUUUGUUAAGCACUUACUGUGUGCCAAGCACUAUACGAAGUGCUGGGGUAGAUAAAAGGUAAUCAGGCCUAUAUGUCUUUUCCUUCCACACUAUCAGGUCACACACACUAACUUGGUGGGCUCUCUCCCAUGUCUCUUGCUCCCUAUCUGAACAGGUAUGAUCUCGGGUUAAUGACUUAGCUGUUUUGAGAAAUUGCAGCCCUGACACUCAUUUACCUUAUGCACAUUGAUGCAAAUAUCCCCAGUGUAUGCAAAAGGCACUCCACUGAGGCCAAUGAAGAAAUUUGUAAGGAGGAAAAUUUGCACGUGUGUAUGUGUGAGUGUGUGUGUGUAUGUACAUACAUCAUUCCAAUAUACCAAAUAGUCAAAUAAUGAAAAAUUCUUUCAGGCCAGAUGGUAAAGAUAAAGUGUUUUUGGCUGCUUAAUUGGAAAUUGGUAGCUUGUGCCAGAAUUUAAAUGGGCAUUACACUCAUUCAUAAAUUUUCCAAACCUGAAAAAGAGAAAGAAGAAAACAACUAAAAGCAAAUCUGAAAAAAAUUUAAAUUUGGUAGGCGUGCUUAUCAAAAUACCUGUACUGUUCUGAACAGAGAGAGAACUGUUAAGCUGAAAUAUCUGAAAUAUGAAUAUUAAUAUCAUGGGCAGUUGAAAGCUUUUCUUCAGGUCUUUGAUUUUUAAGACAGCUUGUUGUUAUGCCUGAAUCCAGAGUAAGAAGCUCUUCUUUAUGGAAGUGAACUAUUUGACAAACUGUGAUAGUGAAGUUAAAGCAAGCAGGAGGGCCUUGAUGAAAUGUUCCCAUGGGCUAACUUUGAUGAGAAAGUUGACUUGAUAUUUCAAAGUCAAGAUGAGAUACUAAUGACUCAGCAAGCCAGUGACGUCUAGUGAUCUGAGGCUAUUCUUGUUUCCAUAAUGCUUAAAAAUAUCCAGACUUCAAACCUUCUCAUUAGAAACUAGCAGUCCUCGUGAAUUUAGGAUAUAUGGAUUUAAGGCUAAACCUUCUGGCAAAUCAAACCAUUUUUAUAAUAAUUAUAAUGAUGAUGGUAUACUAAUGAUAUGAGGGAGGGAAGGAAAAAUGGCAUUACAUCCCUAUUUCUGUCUUGUCUUACACUGUCGAGUCACAGUGCCAUGGACACAGCUCUCCCAGACUACCCCACUUCCAUUUGCAGUCGUUCUGUAGUGUAUCCAUAGAGUUUCCUUGGUAAAAAUACAGAAGUUCUUUA